AUGGCAUCCCAAGUUUUCACCUACAUUCUACUGUUCCAUUUUCACCUUUACAUAAUCCAUGCUCAUCAAUUUAAAUCGAUCCACAAAAUUCCGUCCCCCUUGAAGUUUCUUAACCAAUUGAGUGGAGUUCAGAAGGGAGAUAACGUAAAAUACGUGAGUGACCUUAAGAAAUAUCUCUCCUACCUCGGGUACUUGAUCUACAAUACAAACUCCAAUGAACAAAGAUCUGAAAAGGAUAAUAUUUUCGACAGUUCCGUAGAACUAGCGCUCAAAAAGUACCAGAAAUUUUACAAUCUUAACAUCACCGGAACCCUAGACGCUAACACCAUGGUAAAAAUGCAAGAACCACGAUGUGGAAUGCCGGAUUUCUAUCGCCCUGAUAAAAGCGCGGUCUUCCCAUUUCAUAUGAUAUCGUAUUAUUCAUUUUUUCCCGGUCAUCCCAAAUGGCGCAAGAAAAAACUCAAGUACGCUUUCAAUAGAAACAUGAAAGAAGAGUUGAAACCGCCGUUAGAGCAUGCCCUGAGUGAAUGGGCGUCAGCGACACCUUUCCGAUUUUCACGUGUAAGCAAUCUUAGCCAGGCCGAUAUUAAGAUCAGCUUCUUUCGUGGGUACCACGGUGACGGGCAACCGUUUGGCAGCAAGGACGCCGGCUUGGCCCACACAUUUGCACCACCGGAUGGGAGGGUUCACUUUGAUGCAGCCCAAAAAUGGUCUUCCAAAGGUGAAAAGGAUGCCUAUGAUGUACAAACCGUUGGGCUGCAUGAGUUGGGGCAUGCCCUUGGCCUUGGCCACACAAGAAUUCUAAAGGCUGUCAUGUAUCCUAUAGUCCAUGAAGGUGAAAGAAAAGGUCUGCACGAAGAUGAUAUUAAUGGUAUCAAGGCUUUGUACAAAUUCUAA